UCCAGGCUCUUAUCUCCUCCUCACCCCCAUUUUUACUGCCCUUCUAUUUUCUACUGAAUUCAGCAAUAUAUAUGCAUAUAUACUAUUCCUCUCCGCCGCUCAUGCUUCCAUUAAUUAUCAGCCUUAUUUAAUGUCUUUUUAUUCCCCUCCCUUUCAGACACUGUGAUCAUCUAACAGAUCUUAGUGCUGCCUUACACCUUCUCUUUGAUCAAGCCAUGGCAGAUCCCUACACUAAUUUCUUGAAGGUGCUUUUCCAAACCCACCAUCCUUUCUCCUCGAACCCCGGCCAUCAUCUUCUUCCCCAGACUCAGACACAGACUCCCUCUCCUCCUCCUCCUCCUCCUCCUCCUCCUCCUCCUCCUCCUCCUCUGAGGGAGGCACUGCCCCUCCUCAGGCUCAGCCCAAGGAGGCCACGAGAGAGGGAGGAUACGUAUCGCUCCUCUUCUAGUGCCUUAAUUGAUGAAGGUGGAUUAGCUACUGGUGGUGUUGGUGGAGAUGAUGAUGCUGUCACUGUUGCUCUCCACAUAGGCCCUCCCAGCCCAGCUGCAGUUGACUUUUUAUCGACGAUCUCUUCGAACGUAGAUCAGAAUCUACAGAAAAAUAAUAGCUACUACACUAGUAUUGGUGGGGAUCAGAACGAGGGAGAAGGCGAUGGUGGUGGCGAUGAGAAUGUACUGGUGGUUCCUAUAGGUUAUCCUUCCAAUCCCAUUGGCAGGAUCAACAAGGGGCAGUAUUGGAUUCCCACCCCAUCUCAAAUCCUUAUCGGUCCCACGCAGUUCUCUUGCCCAGUCUGCUACAAAACUUUCAAUAGAUACAACAACAUGCAGAUGCAUAUGUGGGGUCAUGGAUCUCAGUAUCGGAAGGGACCAGAGUCGCUGCGGGGGAUCCAGCCGACGGCAAUGCUCCGGCUUCCAUGCUACUGCUGCGCGGCCGGAUGCCCCAACAACAUCGACCACCCGCGGUCAAAGCCGCUCAAGGACUUCCGAACCCUGCAGACGCACUACAAGCGGAAGCACGGCAUCAAGCCCUUCAUGUGCUGCAAGUGUGGCAAGGCUUUCGCUGUGCGCGGUGACUGGCGGACUCACGAGAAGAACUGCGGCAAGCUGUGGUACUGCAUCUGCGGCUCCGACUUCAAACACAAACGAUCGCUCAAGGACCACAUCAAGUCCUUCGGCUGCGGCCACGCUCCCUUCGGCGGCGGAGACGAUGGAUGCUCUGCGGGACUGGACGAGGACGACGAGCCAUUAUCGGAGAUCGAGCAAGACCACGAGAUCAGGAUCCGGUAAGUAUGUAUGGAUCUCGUAUGCAUGCAUGUUCAAAUUCUAGCUUAAUUUCAAUUGCUACGAGCAAAAGAGUGUGAUGAGAGUUAUAACUAGUGAACUUUAAAUUAAUGUUCCUUAAGCUAUAUAUAUUUUUUAGUUGAU